AUGCCUUUCUUCAGGCCGAAGACGCUCUUUCCCUUAGUCGCCAUCCUAUCUAUCGGAUACGAUCGUGCCGCCCUAUCGAAAAUCAAACGUCCCAUCGAACAGAUUUCAAAUACAGCAAACACGAUAACGUCAAACAAGAAUCCGCCCGCUCAGGUUCAGCUCCCUCCUGCUCACGGCACCUUUGGAAACUGCGAGUUCGAUACCGCAUCUGCGCCGCCCUUACCCUUCGAUGAGUGGCUCACUCGCAAGAACUUCACUCGCGCCUUCAUCCGCCCGAAUCGGGUCAGCGCUUCCACACAAUUCCGCUCGUUAGAAGACAUUAACACCCCCGUAUUACCUCCUUUCCGUGCGCUGGAACGCGGCCUGAUCCUUUCAGACGAAAAUGACGACAAAACUAUCCCCUGUCCGACCGUCGCCAAUGUCAAUGUGGCUAUAGACCAUGAUGUUGAAGAGACCUCGAAACUACUCUUUGGUCUUGCCACGACUGUCGACCGACUCGAGCGUUUAUUGCCAUCGCUGCUUUAUUCUUUCGCUGACACCAAGGCCAGUCUUUUGGUCCUAGUACCUGAAUCGGACGACGAUCUCGCGGCCCAGGAGAGAUAUUUCCGUUCCCGCGGGCUGGACAUCACUCUUGAGAGCUCACCAUUGGAAUUCACCGCUCGUUAUUUCGGACUCGUUGAAGCAUUCAGUCUUCACAUCAAACAAAAGCGCCCCCACACUGAAUGGGUCGGCUUUAUCGACGACGAUACCUUUUUCCCGUCGCUCCCCUCGGUUGCUCUUCAGCUCAAGCAAGCUGAUUCGUCAAAGAAACACUACAUUGGCUCGCUUUCGGAGGCAAGCUGGCAGGUAGAUACUUGGGGCCACAUGGCCUUUGGCGGCGGUGGUAUCUUUGUCUCGAAACCGCUGUUAAAUAUCUUGAUGGAAAACUACGACGAGUGCCAAUCUUGGGGCGAACAACCAGGUGACCAAAAAUUGGGCCAAUGUAUUGAGCGCUCCAGCAAUACUCCUCUCACCCUGUGGCCGUCGUUACAUCAGAUGGAUCUGACUGGAGCACCCGACGGUAUCCUCGAGUCUGGUCUUCAAAUCGACAGUCUACAUCACUGGAGCACCUGGUACACCAAGGACGUUGUGAAGAUGGGCGCCGUUGCCGCGGUAGCCGGUAAGCGAUCGGUUUUGCGCCGCUGGGUUUUUGAUCAGCAGGAGUUCAUCGACCAGUCGACUGGAGAGUCGUAUCGCAUGUUCUGGGUCCUCACCAAUGGACACUCAAUUGUCAGAUAUACACUGAUGCCUGGUACCCCGAAUGACGCUAUAAACUUUGACCAUGUGGAGUUGACAUGGAAUGAGGACAUGGCCGGUUAUACGCAGCGCUUUGGCGCGAUGCGGGAAAAGGAUCAAGAAGGCGUAAUCAAGGAGCGCUACCUGUUGACGGACGCGAUUGUCAUUGGUGACAAUGUUCAUCAGUUCUAUACCAGAGAAGAAGAAAACAGCCACAAUCUCAUCGAAAUAGUCUGGCUCGGUCCCAAGAGCAGCAGCAACAGCAACAGCAACAGCAAUAGCAACGGCGCUAGUUCUGGUGGCUCACGAAACCCUCACUAAAUAUACGACCUUGAACAUUUUUGCAAAACAUACUAUUCUUGCACAUUAUUUCGUUGAGCGAAGAUUCGCUGCCCUCGUUGCUGGCCUACGCGUCUGAUUUUCUUCCGAUUCGUCCACCCAUCUACCUACUUUUCAGUUUCGACCUACCCGAAUAUUUUGGCGGCGUAUGAAUAGAUAUCCUCAACACAACUCUUCACAGUCCUCAUUUCAUGGCGUUUACACUGGUUGGCUUACACUUUCCAUCGAUGGCGCGAUUCUUAAGAUUGGGCAAUCGUGAUGACCCUUUUCUUCUUUUCCCUUCCAGAUUCGUUUUGAAAAGAGUCCGGAGGCAUGUACUAUUUUUCAGCUGGGGGUUUUGCCUACGUCUUUUCUCCGUCUCAAAACAUAUCUUUCGCAUG